GCAAUUUAAAUAAGUAUUAAUUUGCCAUUAAAUAUUAUAGAGGAAGAAAGGAAAUAGAAAAUCAUUGGAAAAUAAUAAGUAUAUACUGAAAAAGAAAAAAAUUUAUACAAUAAUGAUUCAUCAAGGGGCAAAAAAUACUUAUAAUUUAGGAAUUUCGUUGAAACUUUGUUAUUUUUUAUUUAUAUUUUUUCUUCUACUGGAAGUAAGUAAGGCUCAAGAUACAGAUUGUAACUUUUUUACUGAAAUAGCGCUUGGACAAACGUAUUUCGUUUAUAAUCCUCCAUAUCCAAAUUUUUCUGUUGGACCCCAAUAUUGCAGAUUUAGGGCCGUGUGUCCUCCAGGUUCUCGAAUUUUGCUUAACUGUAUCGACAUAAUUAUACCAACAUCGCUACUGUGUGCGAGUCAACAUUUAAGUAUUUAUACAAAUCCUUCUAAUCCGUUAAAUCUGCCAUUGCUUUUUUGUGGAAAUGGAACACUUGAUGUGCAGUCAGUUGGAAGUUUCAUGACAGUUAUAUUUCGUAUUUUUCCAAGAGGCACAGAAGCAAGAUUUACAUGCACUAUGUCUCUCAUUUAAGAAUGAUAAUGGACACCAAAUAUUUUAAACUUAAAAAUAUUUUCUAAAUCGUAUCAUAAUUAUGACUUGGAAUUAUAGAAUUAAUUAUACAAAGUGAUACAUUAAUGUAUUGUCGACAAUAAUUUACAUUUGUUCAAGAAUAUACGUAUUCUUAUUUUCUUUCUAUAACAAAUAUCAUAGUAUCAAAAUUAAACUAAUAAUAAUAUUUGGUCGUUGUACAAAAAGUUAUUAUAAAGUGUUAAAAUUAUAUUAAACAUAA